AGAAGAAGCUUAGUUGAAAGUUGAAUCAAACAAGACAAGUGCAUAUCCAAAACCGCCAACCAAGUUCGAUUUUUCGUUUCCAGUCCUUUUCCUUUUCAAAAUCUGAGAUCCUUCCCCUAUCAUUUCACACUUCUAUUCCUUGGUCCAAAUCGACGACUUCCCUUUCUUUCUUUCUCUCUCUCUCUCUCUCUCAAAUUGCUGCGAUUUAAAGAGCCGUCCUUUGCCUCUUUGAUCGCUGGGCAACAAUUUGAGUUGAAAAUUGAAUUCAGAAUCAACAAAACAGAGCUUUGAUUUUUAUAGAAAGAGAGAGAGAGAGAGAGAGAUGGGUACUCCCGAUAAGAAUGAAAAUAAAGGGUUUUUCGCUGCCAUGACCUCUGGCUUGUCCAUGUUUGGCAACGCUAUGCACAGAUCUGUUAACGGAAUGCUUGGUUAUGAAGGAGUAGAAGUCAUAAAUCCAGAAGGUGGCAAAGAUGAUGCAGAGGAGGAAGCUCAGAGAGGAAGAUGGAAGGAAGAGGAACGAGAUAGCUACUGGAAAAUGAUGCAGAAAUAUAUAGGCUCUGAUGUUACAUCUAUGGUGACGCUUCCUGUCCUUAUUUUUGAGCCAAUGACCAUGCUUCAAAAAAUGGCUGAGUUGAUGGAAUAUUCGUACUUGUUGGAUCAAGCAGAUGAAUGUCAGGAUCCUUACCUGCGCAUGGUGUAUGCCACAUCAUGGGCUAUUUCUGUCUACUAUGCCUACCAACGAACAUGGAAACCAUUUAAUCCCAUUCUUGGAGAGACUUAUGAAAUGGUUAAUCAUGAUGGGAUUACAUUUAUUUCAGAGCAGGUGAGCCAUCAUCCCCCAAUGAGUGCUGGCCAUGCUGAAAAUGAGCAUUUUACCUAUGAUAUAACAUCGAAGUUGAAAACUAAAUUUCUGGGGAACUCUCUUGAUAUUUAUCCAGUUGGAAGAACACGUGUGACACUUAAAAGGGACGGCGUGGUUUUAGAUCUAGUGCCCCCACCCACAAAGGCUAACAAUCUAAUAUUUGGACGGACAUGGGUUGAUACACUUGGGGAGAUGAUAAUGACAAAUUUGACUACUGGAGAUAAAGUUGUUCUAUAUUUCCAACCUUGUGGCUGGUUUGGUGCUGGUCGCUACGAAGUGGAUGGAUACGUUUAUAAUUCUGCUGAAGAACCCAAAUUAUUGAUGACAGGAAAAUGGAAUGAGUCAAUGAGCUAUCAACCAUGUGAUAUGGAAGGAGAACCUCUUCCGGGCUCAGAAUUGAAGGAGGUGUGGCAUGUUGCUGAUGUGCCCAAAAAUGAUAAAUUUCAGUAUACAUAUUUUGCACAUAAACUAAACAGCUAUGACACAGCUCCUAAGAAGUUGUUACCAUCUGAUUCUCGUUUGCGUCCUGAUAGAUCAGCACUUGAGAAGGGUGAUCUAUCAAAAGCUGGUGCCGAAAAGAGCAGUUUGGAGGAAAGGCAGAGAGCCGAAAAAAGAGAACGAGAGGCCAAAAACCAUAAAUUUAUACCAAGAUGGUUUGAUAUGACCGAAGAGGUCACACCUACACCAUGGGGUGACCUUGAAAUCUACCAGUACAAUGGAAAAUACAGCGAACAUAGGGCUGCGGUGGAAAGCUCCGACAGCAUAGAAGAGGUUGAUUCAAAAUCAAUUGAAUUCAACCCAUGGCAGUUUGGUAAUUUGUCUGCAGAAUGAUACAGGUCUUGUGUUCAUAUUUGGUUUGGCUAUGCAGUUGGUUGACUCCUUGGAAUGGUGUGGAAUCUAGCUGUUGUUUGUUGGCAUUUGUACAUUGUGAUCUCAAUUGGGUUUGAGAAGUUAUACUCCUUAGCCUGUCAAGAAGCCAUUAUUAUAUUAUCUUAUUGGUUUCUUUCUCUUAUUCCAUUUUUUCUUA